GCCGAAACAACAGCCCUUGGUCGGGUAAAACCCGAGUCAUUCCGGCACGUAGAACCGGCUGUCGUAGGAAUGGGCUAUCGUGUCGUUCGUGCUUGUGUACAUUGCGUUCGGUACAAGCCUACACUGCUGCAGCAAGUCAUGGGACCGCUACCAUCUCCAACCAUCGCGGUCAUUUGAACGCUGCGGACUUAAUUUUUGCGGCCCAAUAAACACUUAUAUGCGAAUUCGAGGCUAGGCGCCUACCAAAUCAUAUUUGGCUGUAUUCGUUUGCCUUGUCACUAAGGCGGUUCACAUCGAGGUGAUCUCUGACUUAUCUACAAAGGCAUUUCUGAAUGCUCUGAAACGUAUGGCUGGUCGCCGAAAGAUGCCGUACGACAUUUUUUGUGACAACGCCACGAAUUUUGUAGGAGCAUCCAACCACCUAAAGGAGCUUAAGCAAUUUCUCUUUAAAGAUGAAACUCAUAAAGAAAUUAUUAACUUUUGCUCAUCAGACUUCAUUAAUUUUCAUUUGAUUCCACCCAGGGCACCCCACUUUGGCGGCCUCUGCAAGACAGCAGUCAAAAGCGGAAAGGGACUACUCUAUAGCACAUUGGCAAACGCAAGACUAACCCUUGAAGAACUGAGCACGGUUGCGGUGGAGAUAGAGGCUAUACUAAACUCGCGCCCGCUCUCACCGCUAUCAGCAGACCCCAAUGACUUUGAAGCACUCACUGCUGGACAUUUUUUGGUCGGUUACUCGUUACGCGCCCUACCCGAACGCUCACUCGAAGACAGAAACACAUCGAAUUUGGACCGUUACGAUAUGAUCACCGCCAUCAAGCAACGCUUUUGGCGCCGCUGGUCUGCAGAUUAUGGCAACGAAUUAUGAUCACGGGUCAAGUGGACGUCACCGGCGCCGAUAAAAAAUAUAGAAGUCGGACUUGAGAACCGGCAAACCUUAAAAUAGUGCAAGUAACCAAAAAGUUACACAAAAGGUUUUGUUUUGAGAGAAAGUACACUGUUUCCAUAUCUGUCAGUUUGCAAAAGCUAAGUCCCGCAAGUUACAUAAAAAUAACCAACUGAAUCUUUUUCCAGACAAGACAUGCAUUGCUGAUAGCUCUGGUCCAUUCCUCGCUUUAGCAAAUGCAUCUGGGACGCACAUAGUUCUUAUUCUUCUUAUUUGGCGCCUGAGAGAUUUUGGCCGAGUCCAAACAGUAAGUCAGUCGUUUCUCUUCUGUGCCAACUGACGCCUAUGGGAAAUGCCAAGUGAAGCGAAGUUCUUCUCCGCUUGGUCCUUCUAUCGCAGUGGGGCCUUCCUCUUCCACCAUCACAACCCGCGUUGAUAACUUCUAGAGCUGGAGCAUUUCUGUCCAUUCGUACGGCAUGACCAAGCCAACAUAGCAGUUGUAUUUUGUACAUAGGCAAAAAUAAAAAUAAAAUAUUUUCUUGCGUUCUAUUUAUUAAAAUAAUGUGACAAUACACUUUCAAGUUGUAAAAACACAGUGCUCGUAAAGCCAUAAAAGUACUAUCUUGCCCUCCGGAGUUAUAUUUUUUAAGAACAAUCCACAAACUCGUCACUUGUUCGGAUCGUUCCUGAAUUUGCAUGUGACGUAUUUGUUAAAUAGUUUAUUUAAUUGGGAAGUGCGAAACUGGUUGCGGAUCGACGAAUACCUGGUCUAAGCUAACUGUGGUCAAAUGAUCAGAUGUCUCAUUGCCAGGCACUCCCGAGUGACCCGGCACUCAGAGUAAAGCGAGCUGGUUAUGUUUGCCAACAUUACUUGCAUUGUAGAACUAGUUUGGAAGUACUUAGAUAGAGGGCUGGCCAAUGACUUAAGUGCAGCUGGGCUGUCGCUAUCUAUGGCCUUGAGGAUUGCAAAUACUUCAGCCGGAGGACCGAAGCAAAUUCCGUAAGAAAAAAGUAAAGAUUAUCCCCAUUAACCUCGAAAAGGUCCAAGAUUCAGUGUGCAAGAUCGGGCUCAGUGCUGGUAUUAAACAAGCAUUCCCCCUAAGGAAAGUCAGCAUUAUAGACGCAAGUGCUCAAAUCUCUGUCGCGCCUCAGUCAGUGUUAUACCAAUAUCCGUUUCUUUUUAGUCUGCAGGUGACUUUGAAGGCUUCAUCACGUAUGAAGACACAAAGUGACGGUAAGUGCAGCAGUGCGUGAAGAGCACUAUACACCACUCUUAAAAAUUUAAGUAAAAUAAAGAGGCAACCAUUUUGUUCCUUACUAUCGAAACCAGAUACAUUUGCGUGACCCCAACUUACAACUCGUGGGCCCCCAUAUUUUUUUAAUGCCAGCGUUGACCCCGUCGAGUCUCCCAUGGACCCCUGGGGGUCUGCCUGGACCUCUUUGGGAAUCACUGGUCUAGCAGAUGAAUGUAUGUAUGUAUGUAUGUACUUAUGUAUGUAUGUAAGGCAUUAGUAUUUUACGUCUUCGUUUACAAAAAUAUAUGGAAUUAUAUCAAACUUUAAAA